GUAGUAUGUUACUUUGUGAUGUAACAUUAUUGCCACCUUCCCAUUUAUAUAAUAUCUCUUCUCCCUUCCCCUUUUCUCCCUAAUUCAAUCCUUCUUUUAUCUCCCUUUGUUCAUGAUGAGAGGCAACAACUUCUAUGGUCAUCAAGGUGGCGUGCGGCUAGAAUUGACUCCGACAACCAAUUCUCCGCUCGCCAUCGACAUCACAGAGUCUACGGAGAUGAGAAUUCAACGUCUCAUCUCCGAAAACCCUAUCGUCAUCUUCACGCGUUCCUCUUGUUGCAUGUGCCACGUCAUGAAGAAAUUGCUAUCUGCUAUAGGUGUUCAUCCAACUGUAAUUGAGCUAGAGGAGGAAGAGAUCGCUUCUCUCCCGACCACCGGUGAUGAUCAUCAGAUUAUUCCUGGUGCCGCCGGCGAAGCUCCGGCGGUCUUCAUUGGAGGGACACGUGUCGGUGGACUAGAGAGCCUCGUCGCACUUCACUUGAGUGGUCGACUUGUUCCUAGGCUUGUGGAAGUCGGUGUCAUAACUCAUGUGGUAUUGUAAAAUUCAUGUUUUUAAUUAUAUAUUAUAUAUAUUAAUCUGUACUAAUUAAUCCAAUUGUCCAGAAGUAAAAACAAAAAAAGAAAAUCCAUUAGGAAAAGAAAAUAAUUAAGUCCCCUAGUAUUAGUUAUUUCCCUCUUUAGUUAAUUACUCCAAUAGCUUUGAUAAUUAUUCUAUUUUUCGUGCAGUAUCAAGUGUCAAUUAAAUAAUACUCUUUAUCUGUAUUUUAAAGAAAGUGUGUUGCUUUU